AUGUUGUAUUUACUUUUAAACAUAGCUUUUGCAAAUAUAUUAGAUAAUGUUUUUGCUAACUUUGAUGCCCCAUAUGUUCAUAUACCAAAUGAUUUUCAUGUUGUAUUAGGCACAUAAAGAACAAGUAGUCCAAAUACAUUGAGUGUAGAUUAUUCUACAAAAUUUACAAGUUCUCAUAUUAUAUUAUCAGUUGAUAAAAUUGGAGAAGUUGCUAAUGCUUAUGUCAAUCUUACUACAAAUAAGGUAUAUUUAAAUUAUUACCAUUCAUUUCCACCUUAAAUGAAAUGUUAAAUAUUCAAUGGUCCCAAUAUUUCUAAUAAAUUGUAGCUACAAUCUGGAAAUAAUGCAUUUAUAUUAGAGCCUGAUAUUGUUUUUCAUUUGAUGAGUCUCUAUAUGGGUACAGGAGAUGAUGAUCUAGCAAGAUUUGAAAUAAGUUCACUUUUAUAAGGAAAAAACAAAGCAUAUGCAUUAUUCGAUAAAUAAGGAAAUCUAGAUUCUAUAGAAAUAGAUUUGGAAUCUAAAAGAUAAAUAAAAUUCUAUGUGAUAGAGGAUUUAGUUGAAAAGAAGUUUUCUAAAGAGGAUUUUCAAGUGCCUUGGGAAUGUUAAGAAUCAGAUGUAAAUUUGAGUGAUAUUAUUGAAAAAUUGAUGUUAUUAUUAAAGUGA